AUGCCUAAAUUUAGAACUUUAUCAGUUGAAAAGAAAUACAAAACAUUUGUGGAAGAGAAUUCAAUAAGAUUUGAAAAAUAUUGUUAUGCUAUUUCAAUUAAUAAAGAUAAUUCAAUAAUUUUUGUAGCUAGUGACUCUUCUAUCACUUUGUUUCAAUUUAAAUUUACUUAAUUGAAAUAUUUACAAAAUUGUAGAAAUCAUAAAGAUUAUGUCACUACUUUAAAUAAUUUUAAGAACAAUUCAUAAUUCAUUUCAGGCUCAAUGGAUUCCAAUAUUGUAUUGUGGUCUUUGAAUCUCAUGGCAAACAGAAAAUAUUUAUAAAUAUUAUAAGGACAUACUGAAAUGAUUACCUGUUCAGUUGUGUUACCAAAAUUUGAGAAUUUUAUAAUAUCUGGCUCUAAGGAUAAUAAAAUUAAAUUUUGGAGUAUAUCAUAAUAAAAGUAAUAAUGGAGAUGUGUAUAAACAAUAACAGAUCAUUAAGAUUCAAUUUUAGCUUUAGCAACAAAUAUUGAAGGAAGUAAAGUAAUAUCAAGUGGAUAAGAUAAUAUUAUAUUAGUAAUUGAGCAAAAUAAAGAAUUGUAUUGGGAAAUUAGAUAAAAGAUACAAGUAGAUUAAUAUGGCUAUCGUCUUAAUUUUAUUGAUGAAUUCACAAUUACAUUCCAACCUGAAAAAAGUCCUCAUAUGCAUAUGUACAAAAUGAAUCAAAUGGGAGAUUUUUAAUUAACAAAAAAUAUUGAUAUUGCAGGAGGUGGUUAAUAUUGUAAUUUACUUUUUCCAUCUUAAUACAAUUCAAGUAAGCAUCUCUUAAUUACUAAGAAUGGAUGGAACUUAAAUAUUAUAAGGCAUAUUAAACAAAAAGAUCUUUUUUUAUUACAAGAAUCUAUUGAAUUUGCAGAUUAAUAUGUUUAUGGGAUAUUAAGUGAUGAUGGUGAAUAUUUAAUCACAUGGGAUACUCAAUCCUCAGAAAUUUCUAUUAAAAAAUUCAAAAAGUUUAAUGAAGAAAAUUGA